AUGCCCAGUGGAUUAUACAGGGGAGCCGCUCUGCACCUGCAACGGCCGCGACAUUUGGGAACGGCUGCAGAGUUCAUCCCUUGGGUCGACGGGAGGGAGUACUGGCGUCGCAAGGGCCGGCUCGCGGGGCUGGGCGAGCGUGGCGAGCUCGUUGCCGAGGAUGCCCCUCGGCGUGUCCUCGAGAUUGUCAAUGUGGGGCAUAAUACGAGCCUCAACUGCAGCUGUAAAGGAGCGUACACCGCAAUGGUGCGGCAGCUGAAGCGGUCGCUCUUUCGCUGGACAAACGGGCGGAAAGGCAUCCCAAACGUGUCAGAGGCGGAGCAGCGUCUGAUGGAACCGCACGAGCUCGGAGCGAAGCUGUCCCUCGAUGUGCGCAUGCCCCACUGGAGCGACGCGAGGCAGACCCCAUGCCCCUGCGGGCAAGAAGCGUACUGUGGGAAAGAUGAAAAAGAGGAGCCCAAGGUAGAGGUCGCGAAGCGAAUGCGCGACUGUCCUUCGAUUCGAGCCGAAGAGACUAACGCCCAGCUCCAGAACCAUUCCUUCGAAAAGACUGCCUUGCCCGCUGUCUCCUCCCUCGACCUCUUACUUGCCUGGCUUGGCGAUUUGCCUUUAACUCACCCUUCACCCCGCCAGAGCGACUCUCCUGAGCUGAGCCAGGUCGAGAUGGAGAGUGACAGCGAUAUGUAG